AGAUGCUGAGUCUUCUGGGGCGGAGGAGGCGGCGGCGGCAGAGCAGCGAGCGCGAGCGGGGAGCGAAGGCUGCCAGGGGGCCCCCGAAGGCCGGGCCGGGCGGCUGGACCUGCUGCCGGCUGCGCGGCGCUGCUCUCGGUUCCGACGGCCUCUCUCACGCGCUGAGGGCGCCCGGCUGGGCCGGGCCGGCGGCCGAAGGGGAGGCUCCUCUCCAUGGUCCAGAAGAGCAGCAUGUCCCGGGGCCCGUACCCAUCCUCCCAGGACAUCCCUAUGGAGGUCUUCGACCCCAGCCCCCAGGGCAAAUACAGCAAGAGGAAAGGGCGGUUCAAGCGGUCGGACGGGAGCACGUCCUCAGAUACCACCUCCAACAGCUUUGUGCGCCAGGGCUCAGCGGAGUCCUACACCAGCCGGCCGUCAGACUCUGAUGUGUCCCUGGAGGAGGACCGGGAAGCCUUAAGGAAGGAGGCAGAGCGCCAGGCCUUAGCCCAGCUGGAGAAGGCCAAGACCAAGCCCGUGGCCUUCGCUGUGCGGACAAACGUCGGCUACAACCCAUCUCCAGGGGACGAGGUGCCCGUGCAGGGAGUAGCCAUCACCUUUGAGCCCAAGGACUUCCUGCACAUCAAAGAGAAGUACAACAAUGACUGGUGGAUCGGGCGGCUGGUGAAGGAGGGCUGCGAGGUGGGCUUCAUCCCCAGCCCCGUGAAGCUGGACAGCCUGCGUCUGCUGCAGGAGCAGAAGCUGCGCCAGAGCCGCCUCAGCUCCAGCAAGUCAGGUGACAACUCCAGCUCCAGCCUGGGAGACGUGGUCACCGGCACGCGCCGCCCCACGCCCCCUGCCAGUGGUAACGAGAUGACUAACUUAGCAUUUGAACUAGACCCCCUAGACUUAGAGGAGGAGGAGGCUGAGCUGGCCGAGCAGAGCGGCUCUGCCAAGACUAGCGUUAGCAGUGUCACCACCCCACCACCCCAUGGCAAACGCAUCCCCUUCUUCAAGAAGACAGAGCACGUGCCCCCCUAUGACGUGGUGCCUUCCAUGAGGCCCAUCAUCCUGGUGGGACCGUCGCUCAAGGGCUACGAGGUGACAGACAUGAUGCAGAAGGCUCUCUUUGACUUCCUGAAGCAUCGGUUCGACGGCAGGAUCUCCAUCACUCGUGUGACGGCAGACAUUUCCCUGGCUAAGCGCUCGGUGCUCAACAACCCCAGCAAGCACGUCAUCAUCGAGCGCUCCAACACCCGCUCCAGCCUGGCGGAGGUCCAGAGUGAAAUCGAGCGGAUCUUUGAGCUGGCGCGGACCCUUCAGCUGGUGGCUCUGGACGCCGACACCAUCAACCACCCUGCCCAGCUCUCCAAGACCUCGCUGGCCCCCAUCAUCGUUUACAUCAAGAUCACCUCUCCCAAGGUCCUGCAGCGGCUCAUCAAGUCUCGAGGGAAGUCUCAGUCCAAACACCUCAACGUGCAGAUAGCGGCCUCGGAGAAGCUGGCGCAGUGUCCCCCCGAAAUGUUCGACAUCAUCCUGGACGAGAACCAAUUGGAAGAUGCCUGCGAGCACUUGGCCGAGUACUUGGAAGCCUAUUGGAAGGCCACACACCCGCCCAGCAGCACCCCGCCCAAUCCACUGCUGAACCGCACCAUGGCUUCCGCAGCCCUGGCCGCCAGCCCUGCCCCAGUCUCCAACCUCCAGGGACCCUACCUUGCUUCCGGGGACCCAUCGCUGGAACGGGCCAGUGGGGAGCACGCCAGCGUGCACGAGUACCCCGGGGAGCUGGGCCAGCCCCCAGGCCUUUACCCCGGCGGCCACCCACCAGGCCGGGUGGGCACCUUGCGGGCCCUGUCCCGCCAAGACACCUUUGAUGCCGACACCCCUGGCAACCGAAACUCUUCCUACACGGAGCCGGGAGACUCGUGUGUGGACAUGGAGACAGACCCCUCAGAGGGGCCGGGGCCCGGAGACCCUGCAGGGGGCAGCCCCCCACCGGCGCGCCAGGGAUCGUGGGAGGAGGAGGAGGAAGACUACGAAGAGGAGAUGACAGACAACCGGAACCGCGGCCGGGAUAAGGCCCGCUACUGCGGGGAGGGCGGGGCGCCGGUUCUGGGGCGCAACAAGAAUGAGUUGGAAGGCUGGGGCCGGGGGGUCUACAUCCGCUGAGCGUGGGGGACCGCGUGGUGGGAGAAAGGGCUCGGAUCAGGGCCAGGGAGGCGCUGAGGGGCUCGGCACCCGGCAUGUUUCCUGCCUCCGGGGACCGCUGUGUCCCCUCAGCUGCCUUGGAUCCAUGUUGGGGUUUUUUGCCAAGGGGGUAGCACCCCAGCUCCCGGGAGUGUCCCUGAAGCCCCAGCUGCAGGUUUCAACCUACCUGCUGUGGGUGAGUGGGCGCCCCCUUUUCUGCCGCCCCUUCCCCCCCCCCACUUCCCCCACCUCUGGGGGCUCUCUCCCAAGAAAAGGUGCACUUCCUGAACUCUUUCUAGCCCAGGAGCUAAUUUAGGCCCCUAACUGCAGUCACUCAUUCUUUUCCCAGCCCGGAGUGUUUGCACAGCUUCGGGGGGCUUUUCCUGGAGGAGGAGAUUCCAGAAUCUUCCCCAUGUGGGCUCACUUCCCUGAACCCCAGAUCGAGGGCCCCUCCUCAUGCUCACCCUCCCUCCAGCUUCCCGGCAGCACUGUCCCAAGCAUAGGUGACAGCUACAGCACGGAGCCCUGGGGGAGACUGGACUGGAGGGUCCUCUGCCUGCCCCCCCGGUCAGAUCCCCGAGGAGUGGGUGGCGGAGAUGCCGCAUCCCACCCCACUCCCUCCAUGCCUCUCCCCAGCCUUCCCCCAGGAAUGAGCUUUGCCUAUGACAUUCUCUGCCUGCUGCCAUCAGAAGAGGGGCGUCCCCUCUGUCUGAGCCCCCUCCAACCCCCCAGUCCCCAUCACCUGGGUAUGGAGCUGUCGGAACAUGCUGGUCACCUCAUCUUGAAACCAAAAAACAAAACCUGCUCCUUCACUCUCCCCGCGAGGCCCCUGAGGAGAGGCCCUUGGGGUAGGGGCCCAAGAAAUGCCAACUGUUGAGGGGUGCCUUGGGGCCUCAGCACUCCCCUUGGGGGGUUGGCUGCUCGCUGCUCCGCUGCUGCUGCGCUGUACUUGCCUCUUGCCAUCCUGUCCCCUACACCCACACCCCGGGGAGAGGCCUCGGCCUCACACCCCGACGCCCAGCAGCCCUGCCCCUCCCCGGCACCCCUGCUGGGCCAGAGCGCCAACUGUGCCAACGAGGGUGGGCCCUGCCGCUGCCCGCCUCAGGGACGGCCCCACGUCUGUCGUCACCUCCUGUGCCAACGUCAUCCCACCUCCCGCCCGGAGGGCUGGGUGCCGCUUCCACUCACUGGUUAGAAGACGCCACUGCCCAACCUCUCUUGCCCUCCCUGUCUGGUGUCCUGUGCCCGUCUGUCCGUCUGUCUGUCCUCCCCCAGGAGAAGUAUUUUGCCAUCUAUAAACUGCCGUCCUGUCCUGACGGCCGCCUCUGA